AUGAAUAAUUCUUUUACUGUUCAAAAACUUACCAAAGAAAACUAUGGCCACUGGUGUAUCCGAAUGAAAGCUUUGCUUGGAUCCCAGGAAGCAUGGGAAAUUGUUGAUAAGGGCUAUGAUGAACCUGAGAAUGAGGGAGCCUUGAAUCAGGCUCAGAAAAAUAAUCUACGGAAAGCACGGAAACAAGAUCAACAGGCUUUGUCAAUUAUACACAUGGGCUUAGAUGAAGCCAUGUUUGAAAAGGUGGCAUCAGCAUCAAAAGCAAAGGAAGCCUGGGAGAUUCUGCAGAACAAUUUUAAGGGUGUUGAUAAAGUAAAAAAGGUACGAUUACAAACCCUACGCGGUGAGUUUGAAGCAUUGCAAAUGAAAGAAACGGAAUCAGUCCUAGAUUAUUUCACAAGGGUUUCUUCUGUUGUAAAUCAAAUGAAGAAUUAUGGAGAAAAAAUUGAAGAUGCUCGUGUUAAUGAAAAGAUACUGAGAUCUUUGAAUACAAAAUUGCAACUUGUUGGAAUUUCUAAUGAAGAAUCAAAUGAUACAGAAACCAUGACAACUGAUCAACUCAUGGGAUCUUUGCAAGCAUAUUAA